GGGGUGGACAGGCGGGCUGGGAAUGCCCAUUGGCUGCCUCAGGCUCCCACCCUGCCUGCCUCCCUAGCCUGCAGGCUCCCCGGCCAGCCUCUGUUUCUCCAGCUGCUUCUAAACUCACAGGGAAGCAAGCACCUCCUGCUGGGCCAUGUCAAGCUGCGACCGGAUUGGAGUGGCCCCUGCCAUGGACAUGCCUGAGGUCCUCAAGUCCCUGCUGGAGCACUCUCUCCCGUGGCCAGAGAGGAGGACAGAUAAGGAAAAGGGGAAGGAAAAGCUGGAGGAGGACGAGGCAGCAGCAGCCAGCACCAUGGCCGUCUCUGCCUCCCUCAUGCCCCCUAUCUGGGACAAGACCAUCCCCUACGAUGGCGAGUCUUUCCACCUGGAGUACAUGGACCUGGACGAGUUCCUACUGGAGAACGGCAUCCCUGCCAGCCCCACCCACCUGGCCCAGAACCUGCUGCUGCCUGUGGCUGAGCUAGAAGGGAAGGAGUCUGCCAGCUCUUCCACAGCGUCUCCACCGUCCUCCUCUACUGCCAUCUUUCAACCCUCUGAGACCGUGUCCAGCACAGAAUCUUCCUUGGAAAAGGAGAGGGAGACUCCCAGUCCCAUUGACCCCAGCUGUGUGGAGGUGGAUGUGAACUUCAAUCCGGACCCUGCUGACCUGGUCCUCUCUAGUGUGCCAGGUGGGGAGCUCUUCAACCCCAGGAAGCACAAGUUUGCAGAGGAAGAUCUGAAGCCCCAGCCCAUGAUCAAAAAGGCCAAGAAAGUCUUUGUCCCCGAUGAGCAGAAGGACGAAAAGUAUUGGACAAGACGUAAGAAGAACAACGUGGCAGCUAAACGGUCCCGGGAUGCUCGGCGCUUGAAGGAGAACCAGAUCACCAUCCGGGCAGCCUUCCUGGAGAAGGAGAACACAGCCCUGCGGACGGAGGUAGCGGAGCUGCGCAAGGAGGUGGGCAAGUGCAAGACCAUCGUAUCCAAGUAUGAGACCAAGUAUGGGCCCCUGUAACCUGUGCCCCCACCUGGCAGGGCACUGCCUGCACCUCGGACCUCUGCCUGGGGCUCCGUGGACCCCACACUCACAUGGAGACUUAGGACUCGUCAUGAGUAUGUGGUGGCACGCCUGCUCCGGAAGUGUUCACGUCUCACUUCAUUAUGACACGGCCAGCGCACGUGGUAACUUCCCCAGGGGACCAGCCUCCUCUCUGAUGGGGAACAUGAGUGAAUCUGCGCAGACGGGUGAACGGCCUAAGUUUCUCUUCUUGGAUGUCCCGACUGAAUCUGAAGGGAACCUCUGGAGUCCAAAUGGCUCCUUUUACAGAAUGCUCAGGCUUCCCUAGUCUCUCCCUCAGUCUCCAGUCUGGGCUGUCUAGGGCUGUCUACAGAGUCAUGAUUAUUGUCACUCUUACGUCGUCUCAGGUAGCAGGUGCAUUUCCACUUGGGGUGUUUUCGUGCACCUCACCUUCCCCAGAAAGUCUUUGUGAGAAACAUCCAUUCCUAUCUCUUGGAGACAGGACACAUCAGCUCCUCCAUUAAUGUGUGCAUGGUGGCAGGCUACAAGAGUUGGGUCUGUGCACAGCCUGGAAUAGGAUGGGGGUUUAGGGCCUUCAGCAGAAGUACACCUAAGAGUUCUUAGUCCCCAUGCCCCUUUUCUGUUGUGGCUCCAAGGCCUGAGGCCUGGAAGCCGGGGAGAAGACCCUGAGGAUUGUCUUCCUCUCUCUCCUGCUGUGGAGGAGAGACUCCCCAGGAUGGCUGGUCUCUGGGCCCAGGUUGCCAGUGCUGAAGGAGGCCUUUGCAUCUCCUCCCCAGGCCAAUCCUGCAGGUUCCUGGCUCACUCCCAUUAUCCUGGCCUCUGGAUAGCUGGUUCUUUUCACCCAGCAAUCACCCUCAGAUAUCUGAUUCAAAAGAAAACCUCCCUCACCAAGGAAGCUUGAAUUUCCUGGCUCCAGGGUGCCUCUCCUGCAUGGUGUUUUAAGAAACUGGCCUCUACCCCCUCCUCAUGCUGUGGGCACCAGAGCUGGGGGCUGUCUCUUGAGAAGCUCCGUUGUUUUCUUGCUCUGCUCACCAGUGUGUCCCAGGCCAGAGUCCACUCCCUGAAGGCAGAAGAGGGCCCCUUUCUCACAUCUGAAACCUCCUGUACAAGCUGCCCAGGGGUGUCAGCAGGGCAGACCUUGCCAGCAGUUGCUGCCAUCACAGUGCAGCAACUUGCACAGGAUAGCAGGCUUUUGACAUCCACACUGGCCUAGAGUCCCUGAAUGUUGGUCUCUGGAGCCAGGGAUUGUCCACAUAGCUGUUUGGCUAGACAUGUCCUCUUGCUUUGCCCAGAAGAUGGAGGAAAGUUGUGGAACCUCUCAUUUGGGUCAGGUGGGCACCCUAAAGGGGUUGUGUGUAUUUGCCCAGGGCGGGCAGCCUGUGUGAAAUGGGGACAGGGCUGAUGAGGUUUUGUCGUAUGUAACACUGGCUUUAUUUUAAAUGGUGGGUCUGCAGCCCCUGACCUCUAAAGACUUUAAAUAACUGAUGUUAAGACCAGGGGAAACUGUCUUCUGGCCAUGAACUCUAUCCAGGGCAAGCCCUGGUCCUCCUGGGACCUGCACACUCACCCCUCCAGGGGACUUGACAAGGGUCCUUGAGGCCAAGGGAGGUCUUCUCCCACUCGGCCCCUGACUUUGACUUUGUGGUUCUAUAAAAACCAUGUGCACACUUGUCACUCUGUUGUAACCACACAGGGCAGUUGCACCCAGCAUGUCAGUGUCCUGCCUGCCCGGGCUGCCUGCCCAUUGCCUGCCCAGCACUCUCCCUCUGGGCUGACUGCUCACCCAGAGGCGGUUCUCCAUUUUGUUAUUGGUGGACAAGCCUCGAGCUGAAAAGCUCUUCGUUUUCUUUGGGUAGAAAAUGUAAAGUUUGUGUUUUUUCAGUUUUAUAUUUGUAAGGGAUAGACACCUCCAGCCCCAGUGCGUGGGAUGUCUCCCCUGGGUUCCACCUCCUGCCCGCGUGGUGCCCUCCCCUCCUUCCCCCAGGGAGGCGGUGUCCAGUUCCUUUCCAAAGUGCUUACUUGGAAAGAAUGUGGCUACUUCACUCUUGGAAGAGCCCCUGUGAGUCAGAGCAGAAGCCUGACAGGGACAGGAGAUUGACAUCAUGGGGAAAGAUGUUUAAGGAAGUUUGACUUCUCCACUGGCCUAAGAACCAAAGCCUUGCAGAAAGUACUGGUGCCUGCUCUGUGUGUCCUGCAAGGAAGAGUCUCCUGACUCCCUAGGCUGAAGCCUGAAGCUCCUGUGCCCAUACCUCUGACACCUGAUGAGCGCCGGGACUGGAGCAGCCACUUCCUCUUGGCUUUCCACUACGUGUGGGUUGCUGAAAGUCCUGUCUUCGGCUUUGUGAAAGAAAGCCUCAAUGCAACUUCAGGCCAGCAUAGGCAAAUUCAGAUAAAAUGCUGCAAGAAUGUGCACAGGCAAAACAUCUAGAUAAAGAGAGACGUUUAGAAAGAGCCAGCAGCCCUGUGAAGGGCCUGGGCAAUCUUACCCUCAAGCAUAGGCCGAGCUUUGCCUGGCUGGCUCCUACACUUAGGGGAAGCACGGGGCAGUGAACCUGAAAGCUGGUCUGUCCUCCCUGCUGAGGGGGCUGCAGCCUGGGGGCAGGUGGGGGCUCUCCACAUGGCCCUGGGAGCUUUGCUCCCUCGUCACACAGACAGCCAAGGAGCUCCUGGUUUUCAUGGAUGGUGAUGCUCCACCCCAGAGCUCCUUUAACAUCUGUUAAUUAAGUGCAAUAAAUUUUUCUAGAAAACGGCAAAGAUGAUUUCCAGGAAGAGAUUGCUAUCUUUUGGUGUUGGAAUGCCAGAACACCACUUGGUUUUAUUUUUCUAAGUGCAUGUGAUGUGAUGGAGUGUGUGGGGCUCUGCGUCCCCCUGGGAGCCUGCAUUCCAGUGGCCCCUCUUCCUUUUGUGGGGGAAGGAGGCCAGGAGAAAACCCCUUCACCCAGCUGCUGAGGUGGAGGCAGAUCGCAGCCCAUUGGCCUUAUGUUCGUGUGUGUGCGCGUGUGUGCGAGUGUGUCACUGCUGGAGGGCCGGAGUGAUGUGUAGGGAGGGAAGCCGGGAAUGUAUCCUUUUCAAAGCAAAAUUAAAUAUUUUGAGAGGAGAA